GUCCAGGGAGCAACCUUGGGCUGUAUGUGUGCUUUGGUUAUAGCCUCAAGCUCUCCUGUCUGACUAUGAGCUUAACUGCCAUCAAUGAAGGACCACAAUACGACCCGCCACUGGGAAACUUUCACAGCUUGUCCACACUUUUUUCAAAGGUCAUUGACCUCUGAGAAAUGACUGAUCCAGUUUGACUUCUACUCGCCAAUGACACUGAACUUUCAUGUGCACAUGAGCACUUAUAUGAAGUGAGGAGAUGGCCAAGGUGUACAGACUCUAUGUGGGAAUACUAACAGCUCUGGCCUUAUGCAAACACUGCCUGGCACAGGGGAAUGCCACUGAGGAGUCUGCCAAUCGAACUGUGUCCCACUGUCAUCGCCAUGGCAACAGAGACAAUUGCACAGCAGACACAACAGAUACGGGACAGUGGAAUGGCCACUUCUCAAAAUGUCCCGAGGAACUAGUUCACUACUGUGUCCACGGAGAGUGCCGUUACAUUAAAGAACAGAAGGCACCAUCUUGCAGGUGUCAGGGUGGUUUCGUUGGCCCCAGGUGUGAAUAUGUGGACUUGGACUGGCGGAUCGGCGAGAAACGACAAAUCAUCAUUGCCUGCGUCAUUGCAGGGCUUGUUUUCCUCAUUCUGCUCAUUGUAUUCAUUUGCAUCUGUUCACAUCGUAGGUGCAGAUUGUGUGGGCGGAGGGGAAGAAGGAGGGAAGAACCAAGGAACGGGACAGAGAAGCUCAGCAUGAUGGAUACCAGAGCAACACACACAACGUUAACGCCAGACUCAACAGAGCCACCUCACACAAAUACAGUAUGAGGAGUGUGUAUAAGUACGUGUGCGUCCACAAGUCUGGGGAUUGUUUAGAUAUGAGGGAUUUUGCCCGUCAUGUGACAGCGGCUGCCUUUUGUCUCACAGUGACGGCAGUGUGCUACAGGAGGUGCCUCUGUGCUGGACAGGACUGAGGCGUGCUCUAAGGGGGGCACUUGUGGAUAAACUGUGUCUCUGGCUGCGUUAGAUCAAGCAGGAGCACAGUUUGUACCGCUUCUCUUAAAGGGCAGCCUUGUCGAAAAGUGCAGAGCAAAGACGAUGCCUUCCAGGAUUUAUAAUAAACACAAAUUGGAGAAGAGUGUUGGGCUGGCAAGGAUGCAUUUUUUUCCAAUACUGGAGAGCAACAGGCACAUGUAGCCUUUCACUGAGUGCUGCUGACUGCACAGCACCAAAUGAAUUGUUGCUAUGUUGGAAAAAAGCUGUGACACCAGCUGGUAGCCAGUGAUAAGAGAUGAUCAUGUUUUUGGUCUGCUUUGGAGACACUUAGAUGCUAAAAAUGAGAGGAAAGGGACUGUGUGAAGAUACUCCAUGUUCUCUUUAGGGAACUCUUGUCUCGUAAAUAAAUCAUUGAAUGUAUAGAAAUAGCAAAAAAAAAAGUACCAGCAGUACAGUAUACUGUAGUCUUGUGUCAUAUAAUUUCUACUUUGUUUACUGCUACUUUUGCUUCAGUGUUUUGUCACAAAUACACAGUAUUGAUAUUUCAAAAUCUUAAUCACAAAAUCAAGAGUCAUGAUCACCUAUUCCUCUGUGCACAGCAACGUCUCCAUGUAAGCUCACACAGAAUAUUGUUACUUGUAAACAUUAGCAAUGCAAGAAGAGCCAAGAAGAGUCUCCUAUAUUAUUAAAGGUUGCAGUUCUGGACUCUUGGGUUGGUUGAGGACAAGGAGAACUUGUGCUGGAGGCUUUUUUGAUCUGUAUAUUUGGAGCCGGUCAGCCUCCGAGCUACAGAGGCAGAACAGCCGAGCCUGUGUGUGGAGGCUCGACUGAGGUGAAAGUGCUCCACUGUAUGAGACACUUUCCAAACUGCCAGCCUUUCACUGGUAAAGUGUAUCUGUAUGUCUGUAUCUAAAUGUAGAAUUAGCAGAGUUAGGAGAAAGUCAGUGAAGUCUGC